UCACAGCCUUGGAAGAUCUAUUUUGGAAAAAUGACCACUGAGGUGCUUUAAACGCAAAAACUCGGGAAGAUGCUUGGCAACGGAAACGAGUGGACCGUCAGAUUAGACCGCGUCCACGCCAGCCCAACACUUGCGAGCGUGUGCAGGUGUCCACAAUUUUCCCAGGAGCACCUCGGGGAGCAUGAGCGGAAGUCACGCGUGGGGCGCUGUGCGCAGUGUUGACUAAGCGUGCGUGCCGUACUCCGAGCAAGGAGUCCGCUUCCGCUCUGCCCUCCCUGCCGCCCCCACGAGCGGGACGAACACCGGGUCUUCGCGGUCACCACAGUAAGAGUCGUUCUCACAGAAGUGGGGCAGUGCCCCUGCCCCUCCCCACAGUGAGGGCGGCGUCGCGGCCGAGGGACCCGCGCGACACCACUUCCGGCCGCGCCGCUCCCGCUCCAAGAUGGCGGACGAGGCCACCCGGCGCGUGGUGUCCGAGAUCCCCGUGCUGAAGACGGGCGCCGGGCCCCGAGACCGUGAGUUGUGGGUGCAGCGACUCAAAGAGGAGUAUCAGUCCCUCAUCCGGUAUGUGGAGAACAACAAGAAUGCGGACAAUGAUUGGUUCCGCCUGGAGUCCAACCGAGAAGGGACACGGUGGUUUGGGAAAUGCUGGUACAUCCAUGACCUCCUGAAAUAUGAAUUUGACAUUGAGUUUGACAUUCCUAUCACAUAUCCCACUACUGCUCCAGAAAUUGCAAUUCCUGAACUGGAUGGAAAGACUGCAAAGAUGUACAGGGGCGGCAAAAUAUGCCUGACUGAUCACUUUAAGCCUUUGUGGGCCAGGAACGUACCCAAGUUUGGACUAGCACACCUCAUGGCACUGGGGCUGGGUCCGUGGCUGGCUGUGGAAAUUCCGGAUCUGAUUCAGAAGGGCGUGAUUCAGCAUAAAGAGAAAUGCAACCAGUGAAGGAUCAAGUCAUAGAGACAGGACAGGGGGGCCUUUGAUAGAAGAGGUCUUCUGUUUCCUGUGGGUUAGUUUUCUUACUCAUCCCCCUUGCCCGCCCCCCGCCCCCCGCCCCCCAUCCCUAGCUGUUACGAAGUAGUUGCAGCAUUGCUGGUGGUAGUAGGGGACACCUGAAAAGAAAUAAAAUCAUAUUGCUGCUGAACUUCUAAAUUAGGCUGCACAGAGAAGGGAAAGACUUGGGCCUUGGAAACCAAAAGACACUUUAGAGCGUCUUCCCAGCUGGGGCAAGGUUAGAAUCUAUAGGGAUUGGGGUUAAUUCGAAGUUGAUUUCCAUUUGUUUGUGGAGAUAACCCAUCAAUAAAAGCUGCUUCCGCUGGUG